UAAGUCCGUUUACGGCCUGGAGAGGGGAGGGUAGAAGGAAGAGAGGCGAGGGGGGCGCCGUGACGGGGUAGCGGAAAAGGAGCACAUUUACUAGGCGGAAGGAAGGAGGAGGUGGCUGACUGACUGACUGGCUGGUGGGUGGGUGACAUUUGCAAACACUGGACAGCUUGAAGUGAAGAAAAAGAUGCACCGCGAAUGACCUCGCGAAACGCUGACGAGCAGGGCCUGGAAGAAGAGCCCCCAAUCCCGCGGGUCUGAUUGCAGCCAGCCCCGCCCCCAAUACUUCCCCCACCCCCACCCCAUUCCUUCCUAUGAUCGAUGUUACUAUAUCGGUUAAUUUUCAGUGACUGACACCUUUCGUACCCUCCUGUCAGCAUCAAAACCGACACGGAGCAAGUGAACGCAUCACCUGUGCCAUUUUUUUAAAGCACUCGAACGUUCCGUUCCGUUGCACAAGGAAUUUUGACUGACACAUUUAAAGGAGAGGAGUGAAGAGGGGUCAUCUCAUUUUUUCAGUUCUUUUUUUUAAACCACUUUUUAGUAAAAAAAAAAAAAAAAAAAAAAAUUUGAGUUCACUAUCCACCAUCUCCCGCCCCGCUCAACAUGCCCUCCAAUGCCGUUGUGGCUGCAUUCAAAAGCUCUGACUCGACGGGAAGCAGGAUGGAUGACAACGCCACAACGACGGACGCCGAGCCCGCGACGGACGAGGCUCACACCCUGAACGUCGCCGGCAAGCCGGCGCGGAAACGCACGCAUCUCACAACGGGAAGCGUCAGCGGCUCCUUCCAAGAUGGCAUCCGCGGCCACCCCGGGGCUCUGACGGCCCACUACAACGGCGACGCGAGCGCUCACCUCCGAGGCAGGACGUCGGACGCCUGCGUCCCCAAGUCAGACAGGAGGGAAGCGGAGAACGGGAUCCUCAGGGAGCUUUCCUCCUCCUCCUCCACCUCCUCCUCCUGCUCUUCCUCCUCUUCUUCUUCCUCCUGUCGGCCAGAUGACGGCGUCCAGCAUCCGUGUCCCGGCGAGAGGGACGAGCGGACGGCGCCGCACAAGAAGCGAGGGAGGCGGAAACUGGAGAGACCCACCAAAUAUGUGGAGCACACGGAGGAAGAUGACAGCGAAGAGCUUAAGAGCGAGGGAGAUCGCGGGAGGCUGCGAGGGGGAGUUGGCGGGGAGAUCAGCCUUCGUCAGAGGCCCGUGCCCAGAAUAACCUUCCAGGCCGGAGACCCUUAUUACAUUAGCAAGCGGACCCGAGAGGAAUGGCUGGCCAAGUGGAAGAUGGAGGCAGAGAAAAAGGCCAAACUGAUGUCAGCUAUGAACACAAUAACGGAUCCGGACUCAAGCAAGGAACCUGAGAUUUCGCCCAGCCAGCGUCUGCCCACUUCCAAAGCGCCUCCGCAGCCGCUACAUCAGCCUCCGCAGCAACGCCCGCCUCCAGCGCCUCAGCAUCCGCCUCAGCGCCCGCCGCAAUCGCAGCCGGCGCAAUCGCAACCGUCUCUGCCGCAACAACAAGCGCCUCAACAGCAGCAGCCUACCGAUCCGGCCUCACCUACCGUGGCCACCACCCCUGAGCCCGUCGCCAUUGCAGGUGGAGACAAGACCUCCCCCAAGGCUGCAGACACCGAACCCGAGUAUGAGGACGAUCGCGGUUUUGGCAUCGGCGACCUGGUCUGGGGGAAGCUGCGAGGCUUCUCGUGGUGGCCGGGACGAAUUGUGUCCUGGUGGAUGACGGGACGGAGCAGAGCCGCCGAGGGGACCAGAUGGGUCAUGUGGUUCGGAGACGGCAAAUUCUCAGUGGUUUGUGUUGAGAAACUCUUGCCCUUAAGUUCCUUUAACAAUGCCUUUCACCAGCCAACUUAUAACAAGCAGCCGAUGUACAAAAAAGCAAUCUACGAGGUGCUACAGGUGGCCAGCGGACGGGCAGGCAAAGCCUUCGCGCUCCGUCCGGCCAGCGACCACAGCGAUACUUCCAAAUCUGUGGAACUUCUAAACAAGGAGAUGAUCCAAUGGGCUACGGCCGGGUUUCAGCCGACCGGUCCCAAAGGCUUGGAGCCGCCGGAGGAGGAGCGCAACCCGUACAAGGAGGUCUACCCGGAGAUGUGGGUGGAACCAGAAGCCGCCUCCUACACACCGCCGCCGCCGCCUGCUAAGAAGCCUCGAAAGAGCAGCCAAGAGAAACCCAGGGUCAAGGACAUCAUCGACGAAGGAACGCGAGAGCGACUCAUCUACGAAGUCAGACAAAAGUGCCGCAGCAUCGAAGACAUCUGCAUCUCCUGCGGGAGUCUGAAUGUUAGCCUGGAGCACCCGCUCUUUGCGGGAGGAAUGUGCCAGGGCUGCAAGAACUGCUUCCUGGAGUGCGCCUAUCAGUACGACGACGACGGCUAUCAGUCGUACUGCACCAUCUGCUGCGGCGGACGGGAAGUGCUCAUGUGCGGGAACAACAAUUGCUGCCGGUGCUUCUGUGUGGAGUGUGUGGACCUCCUGGUGGGCCAGGGCGCCGCCCACGCCGCCAUCAAGGAGGACCCGUGGAACUGCUACAUGUGCGCUCCCAAGGGGGCGUACGGCCUUCUGGAACGUCGCCCCGACUGGACCUGCCGCCUGCAGCAUUUCUUCGCCAACAACCACGACCAGGAUUUCCAACCGGCAAAGCUUUACCCGCCCAUCGGGGUUGAGAAGAGGAAGCCAAUCAGAGUCCUGUCGCUCUUCGACGGGAUUGCAACGGGGCUGCUGGUGCUGCGCGAGCUGGGCAUCCGGGUGGAGCGCUACGUGGCCUCGGAGGUGUGUGAGGACUCCAUCACGGUGGGGCUCGUCCGGCAUCAGGGCCGCAUCAUGUACGUGGGUGACGUCAGGAACGUCACGCGCAAGCACAUCCAAGAGUGGGGUCCAUUUGAUCUGGUCAUAGGCGGAAGUCCAUGCAACGACCUCUCCAUCGUCAACCCCGCGAGGAAAGGCCUUUACGAGGGCACGGGCCGCCUGUUCUUCGAGUUCUACAGGCUGCUGCACGAGGCUCGGCCCAAGGCCGGGGAAGAGCGGCCUUUCUUUUGGCUCUUCGAAAACGUGGUGGCCAUGGGCGUCAGCGACAAGAGGGACAUUUCUCGCUUUCUGGAGUGCAACCCGGUGAUGAUCGACGCCAAGGAAGUGUCGGCCGCCCACCGCGCCCGCUACUUCUGGGGUAACCUUCCUGGCAUGAACAGGUCGGUGGGUGAAUGGCCUCUGACGGCCAUGCGCAAUGACAAGUUGGACCUGCAGGACUGCUUAGAACACGGCAGAACCGCCAAGUUUGACAAGGUGCGGACCAUCACCACCCGGUCCAAUUCCAUCAAGCAGGGCAAGGACCAGCACUUCCCCGUCUUCAUGAACGAGAAGGAGGACAUACUGUGGUGCACCGAGAUGGAGAGAAUCUUUGGCUUCCCGGUCCACUACACGGAUGUGUCCAACAUGAGCCGACUGGCCCGGCAACGUCUGCUGGGACGGUCGUGGAGCGUUCCCGUCAUCCGCCAUCUUUUUGCACCACUCAAAGAUUACUUCGCCUGCGUUUGAGCGCCCCCUUUUGACAGCCCUUUAAGCGGCGUCAGAGCCUUGAGCCUCCGAGGUUUCCCGCUCGGAAUUCUCUUCAGUGUAGACUUCCCAUGUUCUAUUUGUUAUUCUUAUUUAUUUUAUUUUUUUUAGCAGUGUUAUUAUCGCCUUGAUUUAGGUUUUCUUUUUUUUUUUUUUUGCGUGAGCUAUACUUGAGACUAUGCUUUCGGAGAAGAGCUAAACAUGGGGUGACCGUACUGUACUUUUUUUAAAAUUUUUUUUUUGCCUAGCUUCUGGCGUAAAGGGAGCUCUCCGAAUCCAAAAAAACAAAACAAAACAACAAGAUCACAUAUACCUCGUCGUUUACAGCUUCUGAAGGUAAUACAAAAAAACAACAAAAAAAAAAAAAAGGUACUACUACUACUACUACUACUACUGUAAUAUGGCUCCAAUGCCAUGGUGCUCCGCAAUGGCGGGAAACGUCGUCAACUGAGCUCUUUUGCGUUAAAAAAGACAACGAGAAAAACAAAGAAAUAAGCGUUGAGGACUUCUGUGCUUUUUUUUUUUUUUUUGCCGCUUUUCUACAAAGUUCUUACUGGUGCUCUCUUGUUCACAACUCGCCUUCCAGAAGGGCACAAACUAAGCUAAGUGACAAUGUUUCCCGCCGUUGGAAAAAAAUUAAUAAAUAACGUCGUGUUCCAUACUGACUGACGACAUUUACUGUACAUUUAGCGAGAGGUGAGGGGAAAAAAAGAAAACAAACAAAAAAAAAACCCCAAACCUCGACAACAUGGUGCGGCUUCACAAAAAGUCCUUCUACCUUUUUAUAGCAAUUUUUUGGUGUGCUGUUGUAUCAACAUUAUAAAAGCACUUUUAUACUUUCCUUUUUUUUUUUUUUUUUGUUUGUAUUUGAAUUUUUUUUUUUUUAAUCAAGGUGGAAGUGAUUUGUUUUACAAUAAGGCGAACUACCCUGGCGCAAUACUUUUUUUGUAGACAGUAAGGCUGUGCCAAUAGUCUGGGGAGGGAGCGGGUCAUUUCUUUUUUUUUUUUUCCUUUAAAUAUGUGAAAAACGUUCUUGUAGGACGCGAUGUAUAGUCAGACGCCCCUCCUUCUUUGUUGUAAAGCGGCGAUAAAUAUACGUGGAGUGUAGAACCGCCCAGGUUUUAUUAAGAUUGUAAUUGUGCAUUUUAUAUGAAUCAACCGUGCUUAAACGCACCCCCCCCUUCCACCACUAUCCCCACAAAAAAAAAAAUCCAAACAAAGUUGACUGCCUAAUGUUGGUUGAAUUCUGAAUUGUAAAGAAAAAAAAUUGUUCAUAAUUCAAUAUUUUGUGGUUGGGAGAAGAAUCAGCCAGGGGACAAAAAAACAAAGUAAAUGUGUAACGAUUAUUUCUGAUGCAACCUUUGGUCGGCCGUCUAUUUCGGAAUCCGUUGUAGGAAAUAUUUGAAAAUCAUGGACAAAAUUCAGCGAAUAAAUUCCAUUGGAUUGUACACUCCGAGUUAAAUGUGGAGCUGGUAAACCAAAACACACGUCGGAUGGGGAGGAAUGUGGAGCUAAAUGUGUCAUUAUUAUAUCAGGCGCCCCUCCGGCACUGCUCUCAUGCGUCUUUCCUUUGGGGGUACCUGGCAAAAACAUUUUGUUUUGUUCUGUUUAAUUCACAGCGUUUCACAUGAAGAUGGACAAAAUUAGCCGGCGAAAGUAUCGUAACACUUGGUGCGCCCCUAUCUCGUCAACCAAAACAAAAAUGUCAAACAAAGCCCAUUUUGUACAUAGCGGUGAAAAUUUUUAUUUUACAUUUAUUUGGUUUAAAAAAAAACAAUGAAUAUUUCUUGCCCCUGGCAAGGCACUUGCGCACCUCAAUUUUGAGAUCCAUCGUGAAAUGUUUUUUUUCUUCCUUUUCAAUAAUUUAACGUCAACGCAAUUAGGAAAAUUAUCUGGUGGAGUCGGCGCACCCCCAACCUGUAAACUAAGCCAAUUUAACCCAAAGUAUGUCAAAUGUAUCUCCCACAACAUAAAAUAGAUAAAAUGUAUUUUGUAGUUCGUUUGUUUAAUUGCUUUUUAAUCUGGGGGAUGUUCCGGGGGUGUGCACAAUCGCGAUUCGAGAUUCGGUUUCAGUCUCCUUGUUAUAAAAUGUCAAUGCAUCUUCGAUUUUAAUUCAUGUUUUAUAUUCACGCCACAUCUUCAGAGUUGGCGCACCACCAAAUCCACCUCGACGACCCCACCCCCAAUAAAAUCCGAACAAAGUGUGUUAAGUGUACAGUUACAAACAAUUUUCUGUCGUGGAAAAGCGCACCUGCCAACUCGCACACCCACAUGGGUGAGCGAACGCACCCCAGUUCUGGACCAGGGGUCAUCGCGUGGCACAUAUCGACAACCUAACCAACCGAUGGAUAAUUUUGUAUUCCUUUUUGUAAUGUAGGGACGACUUCCGAAAUCCACACAUGAAAGCCCCAGCCGGGCUUCGAACCCAGAACCACAGAACUGCAAGGCAGACAUGUAAACCACAAGUACACUGUUGCCACCUCCAUGUACGGAAAUAAGCGAGUAAAUUCUCUUGAUGGUAAACGGUGGAAAAGCUUAGCUAAACAUGGAGGGAUUUAAGCGUUGGCUUGUCAAAACGAAAAACUGACAAAAGUAUAUUAAAAAAAAUGUUUAGCAUAUCUAUUUAAAAGAUUUUAACUCAAUCUCUUAAUGUAACUCAGUUCUUAAGUGACCUUACCGCCAUCCGUUUCCUCACUUGCCACGAAACUUCCGUCGUCUUGUGUUUGUACAUUUUUGUACAGAAACGUCGUCGUUUUUGUUUUUUUGUCCCUGCUAUUGGAUGGAAAUGUACAAAUGUAAUUCUUGGUUAAUAUAUAAUCAAUUGGGUGUUUUUUGGGGCGGGGGGUGUUUUUAAAAGAAAAAAAAAAUCAUGUGAUGAAUUUUGAUUGCGAUCUAGAUGUAGUUUGGUCCAGUGUUUCCCAACCUUUAUUAUUAGGAACAUUUCACUUCAAACCAAAACGUCACAAAAACUAUAUCGUGUUCCAAUAAAUAAUUUCUCAUCGUAAUUAACUCAGAAAAUUAUUGCGUACCAAAUAUGGGCGGGCACAAAUGGGCAAAAGUUUAAUUGUAUCUUCCUUCUGCCAUCGAGCGAAAGAGCAUUUCACUGUUCUGCCUCUCACGAGACAUCACAUAGAAAGGUGACCAAAGAUUUGUGGUCAACUAAUCAUAAUUUGCGGACCAAUUAUGUGAAAUUGAAGAAUUUGUCUUGGUUGGAAAUCACUGGUUUAGUUGCUAUUUUCCGCACGCGAAGUUGAGCGACUUGGCGGGCACAGCCCAACCCCGGCGCCAUGUUGUUCAGGCUUGUCACGGAGCAACUGUCGCGAGUUGCUUUUCCCACUUUACGGCAUCUAUAAAUAUGAAUUUUGUUCUUCUUGUUUUAGCAGACAAACGAUUAUUUGAUGUAACUAUAUUAACAAAAGGCAUUUUAACUUUGACGGGAAGAAAAAAAAUGUUUUCUUACGUUGUUUUAGACUUUUAGAGGAUUGCUGUAGUCGGUGCAUAUUUGUGGGACAGUUGUGAGAAAGGAAAAAAAAAACGGCAGCGCGAUGUAUCGAUGCGCUUGUUUUCUCCCCCGAAAUUCCGCGCGGUGAACUUCUCCCCAUGUCUGUUUUUGAAAUGUUUGAUUCACAUCACUGGUCAAGGCGAGUCGCCUUUGAAACCGUCACUGUUGUUUAUAGCCGAUGUGCUUUUUUCGCCCCCUUUGGAGUUCAGUUCUGACAGCAAAUGUAGCACUCAGAGCUUCACACACACAAAAAAAAGUUACGUUUCGUGUCCAGAGAGAAGCUAAAGACUCCGUAUGUAAUUGUGCUGGAGAACACUUGAAUAAACGUAUUGGUUUUGUUUUU